CGAGCGGGAAAGGGCACGCGUGGUGCGUGGUGCGUGGUGUUGGGUGGGGCCGCGGGCGUUGCUAGCACUGCGGAGGCUGGGGGGGUCGUUGAGUCGUCAAGCGCGCCAUGGAAGGUGUGGGCCGCGCUUGACUACCCUGCGGGCAUUGAGAAGCCGAGCGCCGAGGCCGUGUUCAACGACGUGGAUAUUGACCGCGACGGCAUUCUCAAUUUCGACGAGUUUGUUGCCUUCGCUUUCGACCCGAAUCUGCUGGACGAGACAGCCAGGGAGCAGUACUUCCACAGCGCCUUCGACUGCAUCCGGAGCUCCGACAACGGCGUCGACCGCGUCGGCUUCAAGGAGCUGUUCGCGGUGGAGGCGUUCCCGUUGGUCGAUCGCCUGUUCGACGAGAUUGACGCUGACCAUUCUGGCAAGAUUUCGUACGAAGAGUUUGCGAAGUACGUGCUGGAUCUGAACAGGUGCGGGCCCGAUGCUGCCUCAGGUUCAGCAAUCCCGCCCCCUGGCCGUCUCUAUCCGGGAGGGAUACAGAAUAUCGAUGACCCGCGCGUCGUCUCUCACACAGCGCGUGUUAUUCAAUCGCCUUUACAACACACAUUCUUCUUUCAAUAUAAACGCGCCGAUUGGGUUUCCGACUGGCGUGACAUUGAUGUUGUUCUUGCUCGCCUGUUCAUGAGGACAGAAGGAGGCCAGGACGAUUGGUCGAAGGGCUUCGGGUGGUUAGCGCAGCGCGCUGGAGCCCUUCAGCCGAGCACCCGACUAUACGCAAGGGUGAUUUGUCGCAAGAGUGACCUCUGGUGCGGGCCCAUUGGAGAUUGUUUUUUUCUUUUGUUGAACCGGUAACGUCCGUGACGGGGG